AUGGCAGGCCAAGCCAUCAAUGCGUUCGUGUCUGUUAAGACGGAAGCAGGGAGCUUGGUGAUCUGCGAGAAGAGUCAUCCUGCAAGUAAGAAAAUGUAUUGGGUCACGCGAAGCGUAAAGAUCAUGCGGCGCGUUCCCAGAAAGAUCCUGGUCGGGGAGGAAGAUCAGCUUGGAGAUAUGAGUACGGUAAGUCGUUGCCCUACACAAUGUCCUGCUAGUCUUCCAGUCAUUUUGCACAUACUAAAUGUAGAGAACCAACAGCUCAUUAAUCCUUCUGCGGUUGACAUGACCAUCCCUGCUCUCCAUGGCGCUGGAAAAUAA